UCUCUGACACGCCGUGACAUAGCUACCUACUUCGCGCGCAUUCGCUGCGCGCGCAGCCGAGCAGUCACCUGCCGACCGUCGUUGAUCUCGCGCGUAAACAUUAAAAAAAAAACAUACGAUGCCGCGCGCGCGCCUAACCGAUCGAUUCGAAAUUUGAAUUUCGCGUUUUAGGCGUUUUUCUGGAUAUGUUUCGUGCCAGUGUUACAGUGGUUGAUCGUGAAAUACAGUGAUUUGUUUAUGUGAACUUUAGUUAGUAAAUUUGACAAACCCAGUGAUGAAGAUGUGAUAGUGACCAGCACCGGACAAAGUGAGAGAUCGAGAAAAUGUGCAGCAAAGACCAGAUUAACCAUAUACUCGGGAAGAUCAAUGUGGGCCUGCCGUCGUGGUCGCGCGGGCUGGAGGCGGCGGAGGCAGCCCGCGCGCGCCUCGUGCGCUGGGCGUGCGGCGAGGCCCCCGAGGAGGCCCCGCGCAAGAAGAUGCCCCACGCGCUGCGGAAGCGGUGGCCUCUGUGCCCGUGUCUACAGAAUGACGAACCUCCAGAGAUCACGUACUGCGUGGUGGGCGGCACGGGAGGGCUGGCGCUGCAGGCUGUCACUCCCACCCACCCCAUGCCGCCGCAGGAUGAGCUGGACGCCAAGUUCGCGGAGCUGGUGGAAGAGCUGGACCUGACAGCCGUGAACAAAGCGGCCAUGAUGGAGCUGCCAGCCGCGAAGAAAUGGCAGAUCUACUGCAGCAGGAGACCACCGCCAGGGGUGGUCCUACCGAUGGGAACAGCUCCACAAGUUGAGGAGUAUAUCAAGGCACUCAAUGAGAUCGCUGACGCGUUCACUUCAUCGGAAGGCCUCGUGGCCCCAGAAUCCUGCGCACUCCUCGACGGUUUGAAGACAGCGCUUCGCACUCGCGCGCACAGCUUCGUCCUGCGCUUCGUCAAACAAGGCGGCUUGGGGGCCUUACUGGACGCCUUGCAGAGGGCGCCUCGGGACGACGCCAUCAACAGGCAUAACCUUAUCGCUGGGAUCAAGGCCCUGAUGAAUAAUUCGACGGGCCGCGCACAUGUACUUGCACAUCCGACCAGCAUAGAUCUGAUCGCUCAAUCGUUGGACACAGAGAAUGUCAAGACCAAAGUCGCUGCUCUGGAGAUCCUGGGCGCCGUCUGUCUUGUGCCUGGUGGACAUAAAAAGGUGCUAGAAGCAAUGGUCCACUACCAGAAGUACGCCGCGGAGCGCGCCCGUUUCCAGUCGAUCAUCAACGAGCUGGACCGCAGCACUGGCGCCUACCGAGAUGACCUGGGCCUCAAAACUGCCAUCAUGUCCUUUGUUAAUGCAGUGCUGAAUUAUGGUGCAGGAGAGGAUAGCUUGGAGUUCAGACUUCAUUUGAGAUAUGAGUUCUUGAUGCUGGGAAUACAGCCUGUAAUCGAGAAACUCCGCAAAUACGAAAAUGAGACUCUCGACCGCCACAUCGAUUUCUUUGAAAUGAUCCGCAACGAGGAUGAGAAGGAACUAGCAAGAAGAUUCGACAAACAACAUGUGGAUACCAAGAGCGCAGGAACCAUGUUUGAGCUGUUGAGGAGGAAAUUGAGUCAUACUGCUGCUUAUCCACAUCUUCUGUCUAUGCUGGAGCAUAUGCUGCUGUUACCCUUGGAAUACAAUCCCCACGCGCAACACUGGCUUCUGCUCGACCGAGUUGUCCAGCAGCUUGUCCUGCAGCAGCCCAACGCGGGCAGCCGGUCUACCAGCUCGCAGGAGACUGACCGGGACGACCGCAGUGAUAUCAACAAGGUGUACGACCCGGAUGUGGCGCCUCUCGAGAUAAACGUCACCGAGAUCGUGCACCUCCUCGCGAAGGAGGAAGAACUGGUCGCCGCGAGAACGAAGGCCGAGAAUCUUGAGAAGGAGAACGUGGAUCUCGCCACGGAGCUGGCUAAGAAGGAGAAGCAAGUGGACCAACAGAGCCAAGAACGCGAGGAGCUCGAGAACGUGGUCGCGCGCCUCAAGGAGCGACUCGAGAGGGAAACAGCUGCCAACAUGGACAGCUCCGAGAGAGCCAGGCAUGCCGCCAUGAGGGCCACCCAGCUUGAACAACAGCUCAAUCAAGAGAGAUCCGAGCGUGCGAGGUUUGAGAAACUAGUCAGCGAGGGAAGCAUACCUGAUGAUGCGAAGGUCAGCAAUCUGAAGAGCGCCGUGAUCUCUACCUGCAGCGUGCCGCCCCCUCCCCCGCCCCCCUCCCUCUGCCCGCCGCCGCCGCCCGCGCCCGCGCCGCCCGCCGCCCCCAUCCCCCCCGCGCCGCUCGCGCCCGCGCCCCCCGCCGCGCCCAAGCCCAAGAAGAACGUGCCCACCCCCGGGAACCCGCUCAAGAGCUUCAACUGGAGCAAGCUGCCCGACACCAAGCUGCAUGGGACCAUCUGGCAGGAGCUCGAUGACACCAAGCUGUAUAACGCGAUGGACUUGAACACUAUCGAUAAGAUGUUCUGCGCUUACCAGAAGAAUGGAGUGCAGAAUGAAGGCUCAGUGGAAGACCUAAGACAACUAGGCUCCAAACCACGAACGAAAAUCCUAUCCGUCAUCGACGGUCGCCGCGCACAGAACUGCACCAUUCUACUGUCCAAACUUAAGAUGUCCGACGAGGAGAUAUGCCGAGCGAUCCUGCGCAUGGACAGUGGCGAGCAGCUCCCGAUCGACAUGGUGGAGCAGCUCGCCAAGUUCACGCCGAGCGCCGAGGAGGCAGCCUUACUGGAGGAGCACCAGGACGAGCUGGACAACAUGGCGCGAGCUGACCGCUUCCUCUACGAGAUCUCCAAAAUCCCUCACUACUCCCAGCGCGUGCGCACCUUGCUCUUCAAGAAGAAGUUCGCGGCCGCCGCCGCCGAGGCGUCGUCUCGCGCCUCCACUGUACUCCGAGCUGCCAGGGAGAUGACACGAUCCCGCCGCCUUAGAGCAUUGCUAGAAGUUGUGCUGGCUCUUGGGAACUACAUGAACCGAGGAGCGCGCGGCAAUGCGUCAGGCUUCAGGUUGACGUCACUGAACAAACUGGCCGAUACCAAGUCGAGCGUCACACGCAACACUACACUUCUGCAUUACCUCGUGGAACUGCUGGAGACACAGUUCAAAGAUAUCUGCUGUUGAAGAGGAUUUACCACACGUCCGCGCAGCUGCGAAAAUCUGUGUGGAACAACUUGAGAAGGAUGUUGGCGCCUUAAGAACUGGCCUGCGAGAGGUCCAACGCGAGGUGGAGUACCAUCUCUCCCUACCUUCCCCCGCGCCGAGCGACGCGUUCCUGCCCGUGAUGCGAGACUUCCACGCUCACGCCGUGUGCUCCUUCACGCAACUCGAGGACCUGUUCCAG